UGAUCACCUGACCAACGCGGAAGUUAAAGAUCCCGAGGAUGCAAAGUGGCUCUUUGAAAUGGUUCCUAGAACCCGAGCGGCGUUUCAGAGGUUUUUGAAAGACGUUUUAGAGAAAUGGUGCGGUGCUUCCUGAUCCACACCGUGUGCCCAGUCGGCGCUCUGUCCGCCGGGGAGAGUCGGGUGCUUUACUCCCGGCUCUUCGGUCCAGACGAGGUGGUUCUGUCCAAACAACAACGCGAGUUCACCCCGGAGGAGAGGAGACUCCUGCAGAAGGAGAAGGUUUCCGUGGUGGCCAGGCGGGUCCGAAGUGCCGUCUCCCUGUCGCGGGAGGCUAGUGGCCGGCAGCUGGUGGACGCGGUGCCGGGCGACGAGGCUCUGGUCCUGCAGGACGCAGACAGCGGGGUGGUGCGUCUGAGAGCGGGCGACCCUUUCUCUGAGGAAAUGAGCGUCCUGUGGCUGGGGGUCCAGAGCCUGGGCUUCACGCUGGCCUGUGAGCCUCACGACAACCUGCUGCUGGCUGAGGACAUCUUAAGAAACCUGACCAGGCACUGUCUGGACAACCUGCACAUGCUGGGGCAGGGCAGCGAGGUCCUGCUGAAGAGCAGCCGGAUCGACGUUCUGCUCAGCCGCCUGCUUCCUCACGGCCAGCUCCUCUUCCUCAACCACCGCUUCGCUCAGAGUCUGGAGAAGGAGGUGGCGUCUUCCAUGGCCAAAUGAGGCGAACGCCAACAGCUGGAGCUCAAUAACCGCUAGCUUCAGCUAAGACUUAGCACCAGAGUUUACUUUUGGUAACGUGUGUGUGUGUGUGUGUGUGUUUGAGAAACGGGCCUGCCGUCUCUCUGCUGCUGCUACUGUUGGAAGACGUGUAAACACAGAGUGAGGAACGUCUCCCUCCGCCGCCUUCACUGGCUUCGCUUUCAAUCCCGUUUAUCAAAUUCAAGAGUGGCAAAGUUAAAAAAAUAAAUAAAUAAAUGGCGACAUCUUAAGGGCAGCUGAGUGAAGACUCUCUGCCAUUAAUCAGAUUCACCGGACUCAAAGUGUCAUGAUGUGGCCAGUAGGGGGAGCUGAUUUCCUGCUUCCUACUAAGAGAGAAUAAGAAAGUUGACCCGUUGGUGUGUUUGACUUGUAUAAUAAUAAUAAUAAUAAGUAAAGGUGUUGAGCAUGCUGUACUAGAAUCAGCACAGAAGAGAAAAUGUACCGCUUGAGUAUUUGUUGAACUGAAACUGCAGGUCUGGAAAAGCCAACUUUACAAAUGAGACAUUCUUUCUUCUGUUUUUAUGCUAACAUCAUUUCAAAAGUGUAAAUGAUCUCAUUUUCUUGUAUCUAAAAUAAAAUCUUGUAUGUGCUGA